AUGACGAGUAAUACAGAUAUGAGUGACAGCGACGAGGGAUUGGGACGACUGGUCCGCGCCGUCAACUUCGCGGCCGUCGCUCACAGGGAUCAGCUCCGCAAAGACGGACGAACACCGUAUAUAAACCACCCGAUAGGGGUGAUGAACACCUUGGUGCAAUUGGCACAAUGUCUAAACGUGGACACUCUCUGCGCCGCUGUCCUUCACGACACGGUUGAGGACACGGACACAACUAUCGAUGACAUUGAGCGCCACUUUGGCCCUAAUGUCAGGUCUAUUGUGGCCGAAGUGACGGACGACAAGAGUUUGCCGAAAGAGCGCCGCAAAGAGCUUCAAGUGAUCCAUAGCCCACACAUCAGUCCUUCCGCUAAAUUAGUGAAACUU